AUGGCCACGGCUUCCAGCAGAUCGGUCUCCGAUUUACCGCAAGCCCAAGUUGACGCGAUAAUUCGCACGAAGCGCAAAGCGCGCGAACCCAAAGCCUGCUAUCCUUGUCAUGCGCGGAAGGUCAAAUGCGAUCGCAAUCUGCCGUGCGACGGCUGCGUCAAGCGCGACCAUGCAGAUCUUUGCUCCUACGAACGCCCUUCGAAGAAACGCUCGCAGGCUUUUCAUGAGAGCCCUUCAAUCGACAGUGCAUCGGCAGCGCCUAUGGUAGAUUAUUCGGCCGGGUAUCCGUACGAUGAUGCCCCGGUAAGCGUGAAACAGGAACCGGCACCAGCUCGAUCGAAUGGCGCGGCUACUGGCGGUCGGGUGUCGAUUGCCCGCGAGGAAUGGGACAAUGUGCGCAACAGAUUGAAAGAAAUGGAAUCUACCAUUUCCAACCUUCGGGUUGGAUUGGAAAGGGUUGAAGAUGCCCCGACCUCUCUGGAAACUGGAAGCGUGCAGAGUGGCGGUGCGGGUUCCCGCUCCAAGGGUGCUUCGCCGGAACGCGAGGGCAUCCAUGCUGCGAAUACUCUGGGCAAAGGCACUGUUCAUCUCGGAUCCCGGUCCGUUCUGGCUUAUAUCUUGAAUAACCAAUCUGGCUCCGAUCAGCUGCAAGCUCUUUUGGAGGGAGGAAUACUACCUAAGCUGGGUCUGGAUAAUGAGUCUGCGACUUAUCCAUUUGUCGAUCUAUGGUCAUCAGAUAUGUCGACUUUCGAUAUCAGUGCUGUCUGCAGCGCCCUUCCUUCUGACGAGCAAUGCAGAGUAUUCUUCUACUGCUACAAGGAGAUCUCAGGAGCGAUAUAUCCUGUGUUGGAAGACAUUUCUGCGUUUGAAAAUACUCUCGAACUUUUAAUACAGACCAGAAUUUCUGUUGGAGGCGAGUACCGAACGGAUACCGAUGAGGCUGAAAAUCCCUUUGGAGUAAGCAUUGCCUACCUGGGUCUAUUGUUUGCUAUUCUUGCCUCCGGAUGCCAGUCAUCUGAUCUUGGCAGCAAAGAGAGAGAAUUGACUUCACAGGUCUAUGUGUGUUGCUCUUACCAGUGUCUCCGAAUGACAAAUUUCCUAUCCCAACCCACCAUAGAAGCCAUUCAGACUCUCUUGGUGAUUGGCAACGUUUUGUCCUAUAACAUGAAUCCUGGAAUUUCCUAUGUCCUGCUUGGUAUGACUCUUCGCAUGGGGUUGGCGCUUGGACUGCAUGUUGAGUCAAGUCGAUUUUCAUCAGCUGAACGAUACCGUCGACGACACACAUGGUGGUCUAUGGCAUGGCAAGACAGCCACUUUUCUCUUUCCUAUGAUCGCCCCUCCACAACCGCAGUCAGCCAACCAGAGAUUGCGUACAAAGAGGGAUCGAAACGCGGCGAUUAUUCUUACUUUGAAACUCUCUGUCGAGUCAUUUCUCUUGCACUUGAGGUUGUUCGCAUUCGCAUGCUGAGCCCACACGCUCAGUUCAGCCUCGAAAGUAUCCAAACCUACAAGGAACGCAUUUCAAAAAUCAUGAUAGAAGCAAAGCCAUACUUGCGCGACGCGCAGGUUUGUCAAACACCCACAGAGCAUUUGGAACGAGUUGUACUCAAAUUACACUCUUCCUACUUUUCUUCCGAGCUCUGCCGACCAGCUCUCAAAUCUAUGAAUGAUGUCAAUGACUCCGGCACUGCUGGCGUGCGCAGGGACUGCGUGUUGAACUUGAUGAUGACCGUCGAAGCUUACAUCGAGAUGCACAACAUUAGCUCUCAUUCGGCUCGUUCCUGGAUUGCAUUGCAGCGGGCAAUCAGCUCGGCAUUCCUUCUUGCUGUCAUCGAGGAGGCCAAAUCGGACCCGACCGUCUGGAAUCUUCUACACCAACUCGAGGGGAUCAUUGCUCAAAGAGCCAGCAAUGAAAGAGCCUAUGAAUCUGCAGACGCCGCCGCUGUGGCCGGUAUGACCUCGCCGCCCCAGGCCAUGGGAACUUACGACCCGAUCACCGGCGCCACGAAUCCACCAGGCUCUAUUGCCCCCGCAAUGAAUCCAACAUCUCCUGCUGCAAUGCCCGCCGAUACGCAAACCCAAUGGGCCAAGUCGCUAGCGAAAACUCAUCGUGCUCUACAGAAGCUGCUCACUGCCUUCGGCAAUCCACACACACGACCUGCUGCUGGAAGCGGCGGCACGCCUGCAUAUCUCUCUCAGGUCAACCUCAACCCAAAUUCUACCAACAUGGGGGCAUUUGCUCCUCCGCCUGCUAGCAUGACCCCUAGUGUCAGUUCCCUGCCACCCCCUACGCCGGAAAGCUCUGGUAGUGGCGAAUGGACAAUUCCCAAUAUCUUGGAUCGGGCAUCAGAGUACAUUCACCCUCCGUUGUGGGGCUAA